CCUUUCCUUCCUCUCUUUAAACAAAAAUGCAUUUGAAGAAGAAGAUGAAAUAUACACUCAGAACUAUAUUCAUGCCAUGUGGUUGCGGCUCCGCCAUCCCUCCUUCAUCUCACAGCCACUAUACGCCAGGACUACCAGUUUCUCCCACGGUGUUACGUAGCCCAUGUCUUAAGAUUGAUGAGAGCGUCGCAAUGGCUAAAGAAUCAACCAAUCCAUUCGAAGAUUACAAGAAGUCCAUGGAUCAGAUGAUCAAGGAGAGAGAUAUUGAAACAGAUGAUGAUCUUAAGGAGCUUCUUAGGUGUUUCUUGGACAUUAACCCUCCUCCUCAACACAAUCUAAUCGUACGUGCUUUUGUGGACGUCUGUUCACUUCUUCGGCCACCACACAACCGCCGUGGAAACUCACUUGGGAGAUUGCUUCGUCUUUAUGUUAAUCCUGUUGAUGAUAAUGAUAAUGACUCACACCAAACCUCCUCCCUUAAGAUGAGAAACGGAUCCUCAUGAAUGUGUUUUUACAAUAUUGUGAAUAAUUUGAUUUUAUUUUAGUUUUCUUUUACUAUAUACAGUAUGUUUUAUGAUUCCAUCAUGCAAGAUUAUAUGUGAACCAUUUAAGAAAUAUAUAUAAAAAUCAAAGAAGUGAAUUAUGCAUUCCAGUUUUAGACGAGG